AUGCCUUGGGCCGCAGCUAGCAGUAAUUCGGAAGCCCAGCUCAACCAUGCCGAUCCACGUUUUUUAUUGUUGCAUAGAGAAAAAAGAAUUAAACAAAACAAUUAUAAAAAAAGGGAAAGGGAUGAGGGUUCAAAAGACUCUGUUCUUCACUCAGCUUCAUCAACGAUAUCACAUCACCAACACGCGUCUGUUCUGCUUCGCUUCCAACCUCCCGCAUUCGAUUUUCCUCAAAAUCAAAUUCAAACUAACAAACGGAAAUCACAGAAGAAACGAGGAAUCUUUACCUACCGAAGGGUCGUUCGGUGCAUCAUCGAAUCGAAAGAGAUAAAGAUUGUUGAGAUUGAUUCUCCUAAAUUCUUGAAGAAUCGAGAGUGCUUGCAGAGAGAGUUGAAAGAGAUAUUUUUGGAUGGUGAUUCUUCUCAAGGAUGUGAAGAAGGAAGGCAUCAAAGAUUUGGAUGGUUAGGAUCAGAGUUAGUUGCAGUUGAGUAA